GCCUAGCCAUACUAGAAAAUAAUACAUAAAACUCUUUACAAAAUCAUUUAUUUUAUAUAACACCAUGACCGAAGCACUUGUGUUAAACCACUAAUCCAAUCAUCAUCAUUUGUCUGUCUGGCUUUUUGACUUUAAGAAGCCAUCUAAAAGUAUGCUGUAGAAAUGCUGACUUUGUUUUGUGUCUUCAGAAAGAAAAAAAUGCUGACUUUGAUUCAAAGAUAAGCCUUUUCAUCUUCUUCCUCAUCGUUGAGCUCUGGACUCAAAUCUCUCUCUCGGUGGGAAGCUGAAAAGGAGCUGAAAAGCGAGAGCUCUAUUGAUAUUCUUUUGAGUUAGAUUUAUGAGAAAGUUCAAUUCUUUUUCAAUUUGAACUCAACUCAGGAUUUUGGCAGAAAAAUAAAAGGAGAAUCAAUCAUUUGUGAGGUGAUUCAGGGAGAGCAUAAAUGGCAGACGCAGUGGUUUCAUUUGGACUGCAGAUGCUCUGGGACCUUCUCAUUCGAGAAUCCAAUCGGCUCGUAGCAGUCCAAGAACAAGCCACCGAGCUACAGAACGAUCUGAGACGGCUAAAAUCGUUUGUGAAGGACGCAGAAGCAACCAACAAAAGCAAAAGCGAGAGAGUUAAGAACUGUAUACAAGAGAUCGUAGAGCUUGUGUAUGAUGCCGAAGACAUAAUCGAGAGCUUUCUUAUAAACCAAGAGAGGUUAGGGAUCAACAAGCAUUUAAAGAGAGCUUCUUGCAUCACGUUUGCUAAUCAGAAGUUUAGUUCUCAGAUCAGAGGGAUAAGCAGAAGGAUCUCUACGGUUAUAGACAGUAUGGAGAGGUUUGGAGUUAGAGAGACUAUCGAUAAAGUUGUUGAAGAAGAGAGUUUACAAGAAAGAGUUAUGAUCAGGCAAUCUUUUCCUAGCGUCUCUGAAAGCAGCCUUGUUGGUGUGGAACCUAGUGUUGAAGAACUAGUGAGUCUUAUCGUGGAAGAGAAUGGUGUCCAAGUGGUUUCUGUUUGCGGUAUGGGUGGUAUUGGUAAAACUACUCUUGCAAGACAAGUUUUUCAUCAUGAGAUGGUCCGGCGUCAUUUCAAUGGAUUAGCAUGGGUGUUUGUUUCACAAGAGUGUAGGCAAAAGCAUGUGUGGAGAGGGAUAUUACACGAGGAACAGAGAAUUGCGGAGAUGAAUGUGUCUGGACUACAAGAUGAGCUCUUCAAACUACUUGAAACCCAAAGAUGUUUGGUUGUACUUGAUGAUGUAUGGAGCAGUGCAGCUUGGGAGCUUAUCAAGCCAGCUUUUUCACAUAGAUCAGGUAGCAAGAUCUUACUCACUUCUCGGAAUGAGAGUGUUGGUUUGGAUCCAGAUCUAAAAUGUGUUAUAUUUAGACCUAGAUUAUUAACUCAUGAAGAUAGCUGGGAAGUUUUUCAAAAGCUAGCUUUAACUGAGAGAAAUGAUAUAGAGUUUGAUGUUGAUGAUAUAAAAGAAGAGAUACAACAAAUGCUCAAACACUGUGGAGGGUUACCAUUAGCUGUGAAAACUCUUGGAGGGCUGCUAGCUACAAAACGUACAGCGUCACAGUGGAGAAAGGUACACAACAAUGUUGGUUCUCAUAUAGCAGGAGAGACUAAUGAAAAUGGCAGCACUGGUAGUUUGAUACUUAAUGUGAUAUCUUUGAGUUAUGAAGACUUACCUUCUCACUUGAAGCACUGCUUUCUUUACCUAGCUCAUUUUCCGGAAGAUCAUGAGAUACAAACAGAGACAUUGUUGUUUAAUUACUGGGUCGCAGAAGGGAUAGUGAUGGUGAGUAGUGAAGUGAGUACUAUUGUAGAUGUUGCAGAGGAUUACCUCGAGGAGUUGGUCAAGAGGAGUAUGGUUUUAGUAGGGAAGAGGAAUACUGUGACAUCAAGAAUCGAAUCUUGUCGUCUACAUGAUGUGGUUAGAGAAGUCUGUUUGUUUAAAGCCAAAGAAGAAAGUUUCAUUCAAGUUUUCAAUGCUCACAGUAAUGUCUCGGAUGCUACAAACAGAUCACGCAGAGUCGCUGUACAUUUAGUUGAUGAUGAUGAAAACGAACCUGUUAUAUUUCAGCAGAGGAAGAUUCAAAACCCCAAAGCAAGGGCCCUUUUGUAUAUCACUAGAGACUUCCAUCCUUGGAUAUUAUCAACCCGGAGUUUUCGAGGUUUACGAUCUCUUAGAGUGUUGGAUCUCUUUGGAGCUCAGUUCAGAAGACGCAGGUUACCUAAGAGCAUAGGGAAGCUCAUCCACUUGAGGUACUUGAGUUUGAAAGAGACAAACUUGUCGGUGUUACCAUCUUCUCUAGGGAAUCUAGAGCUGUUGGUUUAUCUGGAUUUAGAGAUUUACGAGACAACGGUUCACAUCCCAAAUGUCAUAAAGAAGAUGAAGAAGCUGAGGUAUCUUAUGUUACCUGAUGAACUCAGCGAUAAAACAAAGUUGGAACUAUGUAGUUUAGUGAAGUUGGAGACUCUCAAGAACUUCUCGUUAAAGCAUAGUAGCGUUAAAGAUCUAAUCAGUAUGACUAAACUCAGAACUCUGUGGAUCUGUUGCGCCUCUGAUAACCUUGGAGAAGGAGGUUUACCUUUGUCGCUUGGUGCAUCAUUGAAACAAUUGGAGGAGUUGAUGUUGUACAACAAAAGAAACAGCCAAGACCAAGUCCAACCCGCUAGGUUCGAUGCAGGAGCUUUUGUUUCUGGUUUCCAAAGACUUAACCAGUUGAGGUUAGAUAUAAAGAUUGAGAAGUUACCCAAUGAACUUCAGUUCCCUUCCUGUAUCACCUCUGUUUCAUUAUCUUCCUGUGGCUUAUCCGAGGAUCCAAUGCCAGUUCUUGAGAAGCUACACAGCUUAAAGAUUGUUAGUCUAGAACUGAAUGCAUUCACAGGGAGGAAAAUGGUCUGCUCCAAAGCCGGGUUCCCUAAACUGCAUACUCUAGAGUUUUCGAUACUCGACAACCUUGAGGAAUGGAUGGUAGAAGAAGAGUCCAUGCCGUGUCUUUGUUAUUUGGAGAUCAAUGACUGCAGAAAGUUGAAGAGUCUUCCUGAUGGGUUAAGAUACAUAACUGGUUUAGAGGAGGUGAGAGUUGGAUGGAUGGAGAAUGCAUUCAAGGAUAAGUUGAUCCAAGGUGGAGAAGACUACUACAAGAUACAACAUGCGUCUUAUGUUGUGUUUCACAAUUGCGGUGACGAAUGAUACAGAAGUACAAGAACAAAAUGUUAGGAUCCUAUAAUCUUAUCUUGUACGCUCAACAAUGAUUUGUUUUGCAUGUAGCAAUGUAUUAUUAUUACACUUCUUUCAAAUUGUAUCUUUGGACCUUUAUAACAAAGUACACCUUUCCAAAGAAAA